AUGAGCGCAACACAACAGAUUCCCAUCCCAGGGCCCAGGGGGGUUCCAUUGCUGGGAAAUAUCUAUGACAUUGACAGCGAUGUGCCAUUAAACAGUUUGGAGCUAAUGGCAGAGAACUAUGGUUCCAUCUAUCGAUUGACCACCCUUGGUGCCCCCAGAACAUUUAUCAGCUCCCACGAGCUCGUCGACGAGGUUUGCGACGAGUCAAGAUUCACAAAAGCAGUCACAGCUGGCUUGAGGGAAAUUCGCAACGGUAUCCACGAUGGUUUGUUCACAGCGAACUACCCCGGAGAGGAGAAUUGGGCCAUCGCCCAUCGAGUGUUGGUUCCAGCUUUUGGACCGCUCUCGAUUCGGGGCAUGUUUGAUGAAAUGUACGAUAUUGCUACCCAGCUUGUCAUGAAAUGGGCACGACUGGGCCCCAAAACUCCCCUCGUGGUUACCGACGACUUCACCCGUCUUACCUUGGACACCAUUGCCCUCUGCUCGAUGGGUACUCGUUUCAACUCCUUCUACCAUGACGAAAUGCACCCAUUUGUCGAGGCGAUGGUUGGUCUCUUGCAGAGCUCUGGCGACCGGGCUCGCCGACCAGCACUACUUAACAACUUGCCGACAAGCGAGAAUACGAAAUACUGGAACGACAUUACUUAUCUUCGAAAUCUGUCGCAGGAAUUGGUCGACUCGCGGAAGAAUAACCCCGAAGACAAGAAAGAUCUCCUCAAUGCUCUGAUUUUGGGCCGGGAUCCUCAGACAGGUCAGGGGAUGACAGAGGAUUCUAUUAUCGAUAACAUGAUUACAUUUUUGAUUGCUGGUCAUGAGACUACUUCUGGAAUGCUUUCAUUUUUGUUCUACUACUUACUCAAGACACCUCAUGCAUACAAAAAGGCACAAGAAGAGGUGGACACAGUCAUUGGGCGUCGGAAGAUUACAGUGGAUGACAUGUCGAAACUGCCAUACAUCACCGCGGUCAUGCGAGAGACACUGCGUCUUCGACCGACCGCCCCUGCAAUCGCAUUCCACGCCCAUCCCGAGAAGAACAAGGAGAGCCCAGUGACACUCGGAAAUGGAAAGUACGUCCUGAAUGAAGACGAGCCGAUUGUGGUCCUUCUAGGCAAGAUGCAGCGGGAUCCUCAAGUAUACGGACCCGACGCAGAAGAAUUCAAACCGGAACGAAUGCUCGACGAGAACUUCGACAAGCUGCCCAAGAACGCAUGGAAGCCAUUCGGAAAUGGAAUGCGCGGAUGUAUCGGCCGCCCAUUCGCCUGGCAGGAAGCUCUGCUGGUGGUGGCGAUUUUGCUGCAGAAUUUCAACUUCCAGAUGGAUGAUCCCAGCUACGACCUUCGACUUAAGCAGACGCUGACGAUCAAGCCCAAGGAUUUCCAGAUCAGAGCCACUCUGCGAGAUGGUCUGGAUGCGGUUAAAUUGGGGACGUUGUUGAGCAGCAGUGGAGAGGCGCCCGAGAGCUCGGGGCCGGCUAGCAGGGAACGCAAGCCGAAGGUUGCUCCUCCGCCGGGAGAGACUAAGCCAAUGCACAUUUUCUUCGGUAGCAAUACGGGAACCUGCGAAGCUUUUGCUCGGAGACUUGCUGAUGAUGCUAUCGGAUAUGGAUAUGCGGCGGAGAUCAAAUCGUUGGACUCUGCGUUCCAGAAUUUGCCCAAGAACGAUCCAGUCGUUUUUAUCACAGCCUCGUACGAGGGACAGCCGCCAGACAAUGCGGCGCAUUUCUUCGAGUGGCUUAGUGAUCUGAAGGGCAAGGAAUUGGAGGGUGUCAAUUACGCUGUUUUUGGAUGCGGUCACCACGAUUGGCAUGCUACCUUCCACCGGAUUCCCAAGGCCGUCAACGAGCUUAGUGAAGAGCAUGGAGGAACUAGACUGUGUGAGAUGGGAUUGGCCGAUGCAGCCAACUCGGACAUGUUUACCAACUUUGAUAGUUGGGGCGAGUCUGCUUUCUGGCCUGCCAUUUCCUCCAAGUUUGGUAGCGCUCAACCGGCACAGGGCCAGUCGAAAUCGGCUCUGCAAGUCGAAGUCAGCACCGGAUCUCGGGCCUCGAUCUUGGGUCUUAAGUUGCAGGAAGGAUAUGUCCUUGAGAACAAACUGCUCUCUGGACCGGGAGUUCCUGCCAAGCGCAUGAUUCGGUUCAAGCUCCCCUCUGACAUGACCUACCAAUGCGGUGAUUAUCUUGCGGUUUUGCCCGUGAACCCAAGCAGCGUUGUUCGUCGCGCAAUGCGUCGCUUCGAGCUUCCGUGGGAUGCUGUGCUUAAGAUCCAGAAGGCUUCUAAGGCAGCGUCCUCAUCUAUUCCCCUGGAUACUCCCGUCUCUGCUUUCGAUUUACUUUCGACAUACGUGGAACUCUCUCAGCCUGCAUCCAAGCGUGAUCUGAAUCUCAUUGCCGAUGCAGCUGUUACGGAUGCCGAGGCGCAAGCAGAGAUCCGCUUCUUCGCUUCAAGCCCUAGUCGGUUUACCGAGGAGAUUGUUAAGAAACGAUUGAGUCCUCUUGAUCUUUUGAUGCGGUACCCGACCGUCAAGCUGCCGAUUGGCGACUUCCUCGCCAUGCUGCCACCGAUGCGUGUGCGUCAGUACUCCAUCUCCUCCUCUCCCUUGGCCGACCCAUCCGAAUGCUCGAUCACCUUUGGUGUCCUCAACGCGCCAUCCCUCGCGGCAGAGUCCUUGCCAUCGAGCGAGCAGGCCAAGGAAGAAGAAUAUUUGGGUGUCGCCUCGAACUACCUGUCAGAGCUCCACGAAGGCGAACGUGCUCAAAUCACAGUUCGUGCCUCGCACACAGGCUUCAAGCCACCCACUGACAUCAAGACUCCCAUGAUCAUGGCUUGCGCAGGUAGCGGACUGGCACCCUUCCGCGGCUUCGUCAUGGACCGCGCUGAGAAGAUCCGGGGAAGACGCAGUUCGCUGAACUCCGAUGAGGAGCUGCCGGAAUCGGAAAAGCCCGCCAGAGCUAUCUUAUACGCUGGCUGUCGGACACAGGGCAAGGAUGAUGUCCACGCAGCGGAGCUGGCCGAAUGGGAGAAACAGGGUGCUGUGGAAGUCCGAUGGACGUACAGCCGACCGGCCGACGGCAGUAAGGGCCAAUAUGUCCAAGAUCGCAUGCUGGAAGACCGUCGGGAGCUAGUCGACUUGUUCGACCAGGGUGGACGGGUCUAUGUCUGUGGUAGUACCGGUGUGGGUAACGCCGUGCGAGACGCCUGCAAGACGAUGUACGUGGAGAGGCGUCGGGAAGUCCAUGAGCAAAUGAGGGAGAGAGGCGAGCCAGUUCCAGAAGAAGAUGAAGAGACAGCAGCGGAGACGUUCCUGGAUGGGCUGAAGACGAAGGAGAGAUAUGCGACGGAUGUGUUUACUUAG